UUGGGGGGCGAGGCAGCAAGGAGGCGAGGGUCGGAGGGAGGGACAGGGCGCGUCGGCAGUCUUCUCUCAACUAUUGGAGGGUGCAUACGUUGCUGUCGUGUGUCCAUCGCAAGAACCUCUGAGAAGGCGUGUGUGAGGCGUGGGCAUGAGAUGACCGCUGGAAGAGUCCUGGGGCCACACGUUGCCUCCACGCCCCGACCACCAAGCCCCGACCACCACGCCCUAACCGACGCCCCUAACACCACGCCCUCAGUGACGCGCCCUCAGUGACAUCCAGGGCCGCAAAGGACUUAACGCUAACAUGGGGGAGCGCCGAGCUAACCGCCGCGGGGACUCUCCUGGCUCAAGGGAAUCCGUCAGAUCCGGUGGUUCUUCACAAGGCUCCGACAGUCUCAAUAGCAGCAAGGGCUUCACGGGGCACAGCACGUUGCCCUCCUCCAGCGAAGGGAUGGGGUCUGCCUCCUCCCUGGACCAGACGAUGACAAGGUCCCUGGGCUCCCGCGGCUCCCUGUGUGACGAGGGAGCCGACGAGUGUGACAACAUCAACGUGGUGGUGAGGUGCCGCCCUUUGAACGAGAAGGAGAAGCAGAGGUGUGAUGAAAUGUGCCUUCGAUUUCCUGGGGAGGGACAAGCUUGGGUUAACAUGGACAAUAUGAAUGGGCAGGCGGUGCAGAAACCCAAAGUGUUCACCUACAACGUGGUGUUCGAGCCCGAGGCCACGCAGGAGGACGUGCUGGCCCACUCCGGAGUGAAGAGGCUACUGGACAUGGCUAUCGACGGCUUCUCCUGCACCGUGUUCUGCUACGGCCAAACGGGAUCCGGCAAGACCCACACUCUCACCGGUCCCCCGCACCUGUACUACCAGCCCACCACCGCCUCCUCCAGGGCCCGCAAGACCAGACAGCCGCCUAAUUACUUCGUGUUCGAUAAUGGCACCAGCAUGUUCUCUGAGAGUCACGGGCUCAUCUUCAGGUCCUUCGUGUACCUCUUCAACCAGAUACAGAACAGAGACGACAUGGAGUUUACCCUCACGGCUUCCUACCUGGAAAUUUAUAAUGAGAAGGUAAUUGACCUCCUCAACAUCGGGACCAACACUAAGCCUCUGCAGGUUCGCUGGAGUAAGAAGAAACGAGGCUUCUUUGUGGAGAACCUGUUUGAGAUCGAGUGUUCUGAGCUGGAUGACCUGUUGGCGGUCCUCGAGGAAGGUUUGAGAAACCGGGCGGUGGCGUCACACAACAUGAAUGAGUACUCCUCCCGCAGCCACACCAUCCUCACUGUCAACAUUACGUCAGAGCAGAAGGCGGAUGAUGGCGUUUACCUCACAAAGAAUGGCAAGAUCAAUUUUGUGGAUUUGGCUGGUUCAGAAAUGACCAAGAAGACAAACUCUGAGGGCAAGACUCUUGAAGAAGCCAACAACAUCAACAAGUCUCUCAUGGUGCUUGGGACGUGCAUCGCUGCCUUGUCUGACCACCGCAGGAAGGACGGACACAUACCUUACAGAGACUCUAAACUAACUAAGCUUUUAGCAGACAGUCUAGCUGGAAAUGGAGUCACUCUUAUGAUUGCCUGUGUGUCACCUGCCAAAUCCAACAUCAGUGAGACACUCAACACCCUCCGCUAUGCCUCGAGGGCCAAGCGUAUCCGAACUAAACCUCUUAUCAUUAUGGACCCAAAGGAGAAGGUGAUCCUGAGUCUGCAACGGGAAGUGAGUCUCCUGCGGGAGGAGAAUGCUCACCUCAAGAUGCUCAUUGACCUUGGGGAAAAUGGUGUGCCACAGGAGGGCCCUCAGCAGCUUAAUGGCCAUCUUGCAGCAGAGGCCAAUGGGGUAGACUUGGCAGAACAUGUGGCUGCAGUUGGGGGACGGCCAGUGCCAGGCAUAAUGUCCCGCCAAGGCUCCUUCAGGAUAGACAAGGACAAGCUGGAGACACUGGACAACCAGGAGUUAGUGAAGUUGGUGCAGCAGUACAUGGCCUCCUACAGCAAUAUCAGGAGAGAAAACAAGGAGCUGCAGCAAGUGUCAGCAGCCUUGGUGAAGGACCAGGAGCUGGUGUGCCGGGAGAAUGAGCGGCUCCUUCGCAAGCUUGAGGACGUCAACAGGAAGGUGGCAAACACAGAACCCAGUGCACAGAACGAGAGGCUAGAUGACAAUGUAUGUCGCCGCUCACCCAUCAUCCCCGCCCAGCCUGCGGUGAAUGGGGAAGACCUUUUAAAUGCGUCUUUGAGUGGCAGCAUCUUCUACAGGAGUGGAGGAACCCCUGGUUCCUUCAUAUCCCGAUCCCUGCCUUCCUCCUCUUCCUCCUCCUCUCAGGUGUGGGUCAACCCACUGAAUGAAACCCAAGGGAAGAACGCUGGCUCGGCUCCCUCCAGCAGUGGUACUGGUGAGGGUGGUGGCCGGUCACACCACCUCCCCGAGUCCAUCAAUAAGGAACUGGAGAAGAGGAGAAUUGGCAAAAGCCUGACUGAUCUCACAGGAACUGGAGGCCCUGGAAAGAGUAGUGGAGGCAGACGAAACAGCUGGGAUGAGAGGAAUGAGAGGAAGAAUCCUGUGAAGAGCAAGAGCAUAUCACCAGGCAUGGCCAAUGGCAGAAGGUCUCUUCUGCCUCGACUUCUAGCGCCAAUUAGAAGUUAGCAGCCGGCCUCAUGAAGGUCUUCACUUGUCUCCGUCCACCUGUGAUGUGUUGAGCUUGGCAGUAAUGCCAUCAGCUCCUCCUCCACUGGCUGGUGUCACUUCACACUGGUAAUGGAGGUGCUGCAUGCCAGCUCAUACCAUCACUAUAAUUAAUAAUCUCUAUAUAGACAUCAGUAUAUAUAUAUACGUAUCAUCCUCUGACGUCAUCUUGUCAUUACAAAGCUGUGUUGUGGAGCACCAGCGACCUCAUGUCAACAUGUACUGCUGCAUCGCAUCACUCAGAAUGAGUCAGACCAUCCAUUUAAAGUUUUAUUGUGUUUCUCAUUUCUAUAUUUUCAUAUUCAUUUUUGGGGGAAUAAUUUUGGAAGUGAGAGAUAAUAAUGAUUAUAUACACAUUUCAUUCCAUGUAAUCUUUCGUUCAUUAAGUUGUCACUUCUUAUAAGCCAGAGGUUUGUACAGAAGAUAAAGGACUGCAUUAAG